AUGAGGUACAAGCACAUCGGGACGAUCGGCGCGAUCUUGAUCGGCAUCUUCGUCCUCCUCGCCGCACUCAUGUACUACUUUAAUCAAGUUGGAAAACAACAAAAUUUAAAUUGGCUAAUUUUAUCUAACAAUAAAAUACAAGAAAUUUCAAAAGGCCAUCUCGUUGGUUUGACAUCUUUGGAAACUCUUUCAGCAGACAAUAAUAGGAUACAUACAUUGAACUUACAGGAUCUUGAAAAUAGCACUACUUUAGAAUUAUUAGAUUUGGGAAGGAAUCAUCUAACCUCUUUAAAUAUUUGCUUGCCAUAUUUACCCGGAUUACGAGAAUUGUAA